UGUGAUCUUGCAGGUUUCUUUUUUAGUUAUUUCACGUACUUGGCCCCGCUUGGCUGGAGGGAUGUAUAGAUAUGAUAUUUUUAUACUGUAAAGUUGAUCAAAGACUGCUGGUGUUUCGUGUUUUUUGAAUUUUACUCCUAUGGUUUCUGAGUUAUGGUGAGGUUAGAUUAUGGAUUUAAUGGCUAUCAGGUGCCUCCUAUUCCUCGAGCUACCAGAUCAGCUAGGGGAAGGGGAAAUAUUAGGAAGAAAUCCGAUAGCAAUGAAAUGUGUGCUUUUGACUUGUUGACUACUGUAGCCGGGAAGUUACUGCUGGAAGGAGAAAGCACUUCAAAUUCUAGCGGGAAAGAUCGGUGUGCAGUUGUGAAAGAUACUACUGAGACCGUUAAGGAAGAUGAAGAUACAUCUUUAAAAGAAAAUAAAGGUUUCUUUAUUUCUCAGAUUGUCGCAGAAGCUCCUGUUGUAAAUCAUUGUUUAAGCAAAUCGACAGAUACGUUAUCCGGACCAGCAUCUGUAAUUACAAGUUCCGGUUGCUCGGAGAAGUUGGAACAAUUCAUAAAUGGUGAAAGCAAAAUCGAAAACAGAAACUGUUCUAGUAAGGUGGAGCAGGAGGCAGAUUUUUCUAGUUGUACAUUAGGCGCUGAAAGUAAAAAACAAAUGAAAAUCAAUCCGUUAAAUGAUGCAAAGAUUUCAACCAAUAAGAGGGCUUUUUCUGAUUUUUGGGAUAGGAAACCUUCAAUGCUUGUUGCUUCGGACAAUACUGUAAAAUUAUCUCUUUCAAGGGACCCUGAUCCUUCUGGGUCCUUUCCGGUGAUCCGGUAUAAUGAUGUACAGUUAGGUAACAGAGAUGAUGACGAAAAAUCUUGCAGGUCCACUCAACCUAGCACCCCAAAUAAGGCCUUCAGGCCAGCACCACGUGUCAAUGUUGGUGAGUGUUUUUUAAUUGCUUAUUUUAGUUCUGACCUUCAGUUUUAA